AUGGAUCCCUCACAAGUACCAAAUCUGUAUAAGCAACAGCGAGGCCCGCCAAAGAUUAAAAACAAAAAUCCAGCUCCGAUUCAAAUCACAGCUGAACAAAUUCUACGAGAAGCAAAGGAGCGACAAGAAACUGCAAAACAAGCACCACGACAAAAAAUAUCCGAUUUAGAGGAACUUUCCGAGUAUCGUUUAAGGAAACGCAAGGAAUUUGAGGAUACAAUUCGUAGAAAUAGGUUAAAUGUCGGUAGCUGGUUAAAAUAUGCAGCUUGGGAAGAGAGUCAAAAGGAAUUAGAUAGAGCUCGUUCAAUCUAUGAACGCGCCUUGGAUGUAGACUCGCGAAAUGUCACGCUAUAUAUAAAGUAUUCUGAAAUGGAAAUGAAGAAUAGAAAUAUUCAUCAUGCACGGAAUUUAUUUGAUCGAGCUGUUACACUUCUUCCUAGAGUAGAUCAAUUUUGGUAUAAGUAUACUUAUAUGGAAGAAAUGUUAGGAAAUGUUGCAGGAGCGCGUCAAAUAUUUGAGCGUUGGAUGCAAUGGGAACCAGAUGAGAACGCGUGGAACGCCUACAUCAAAAUGGAAAAAAGAUAUCAUGAAAUAGAUAGAGCAAGAGCCAUAUACGAGCGAUUUGUCAAUGUGCAUCCUCUGUCAAAGAAUUGGCUAAAAUGGAUAAAGUUUGAAGAGGAGCAAAAUAAUUUGGAUAAAUGCCGUGAAAUUUUCAAUCAGGCAAUAGAAAUGUUGGGUGAAGAUCACAUGGAUCAAAAGAUUUUUGUUGCUUUUGCUAAAUUUGAGGCAAGAUUAAAAGAGUAUGAAAGGGCUCGUGUUAUAUAUAAAUAUGCUUUGGAACGAUUACCGCGCUCAAAAUCCGAAGCUUUAUAUAACGCAUACACUCAUUUUGAAAAGCAGUAUGGUGAUAAAGAAGGGAUUGAAGAUGUGGUGGUAGGAAAGCGGCGGAUACAAUAUGAGGAGGCAUUAAAAAUAAAUCCAAAAAACUAUGACAUAUGGUUCGACUAUGCCCGACUCGAAGAAAACACUGGAGACGUUGAUAAAGUACGUGAGAUUUACGAGCGUGCAAUAGCUCAGGUGCCUCCCACACAAGAAAAGCGGUUUUGGCGGCGGUAUAUAUAUUUAUGGAUUUAUUACGCUUUAUUUGAGGAGCUUGUUACGAAGGACUUUGAAAAUACCAAGCAAAUAUAUCUGGCAUGCCUAGAUUUAAUACCACACAAGAAGUUUACGUUUGCAAAGAUUUGGCUAAUGUAUGCUCAAUUUGAGGUACGAAGGCUUGAUUUGCAGACAGCGAGAUUGACCCUUGGCAAAGCGAUAGGGAUGUGUCCAAAGGAUAGAAUUUUUAAGGGAUAUAUAGAAUUGGAGUUACAACUCAGAGAAUUCGAUCGCUGUCGAACACUAUACACUAAGUAUCUAGAGUAUAAUCCCGUAAAUUGUUAUGCCUGGAUAAAAUUUGCAGAGCUAGAACGCAUGCUAGGUGACUAUGAUCGAUGCCGAGCAAUAUUUGAGCUCGGCGUGGCUCAACCCGUUCUUGAUGUGCCUGAAACGUUAUGGAAAGCGUAUAUUGAUUUCGAAUUCACCGAGGAAGAAUUUGAAAAAACACGAAAUCUCUAUGAACGCCUCCUACGCAAAACAGGUCAUUAUAAAGUUUGGAUCAGUUUUGCUCAGUUUGAGCUGAACACUGGUGCUGAAGAUGCAGAAGGUGAUCGGGAGGAAUCUGUAAAAAGAGCAAGAAAGGUAUUUGAGGACGCGUACAAGUCAAUGAAAGAAAAAGAAUUAAAGGAGGAGCGAGUAUUACUGCUCGAAUCGUGGAAAGACUUCGAAAAAAAUCAUGGCGCCCAAGAGACAUUAUCUGUCGUCGAAAGCAAAAUGCCCAGAGUUGUCAAGAAACGAAGAAAGUUGGACGAAACCGAAGGACAAGCUGGCGUUGCCUGGGAAGAGUACUUUGAUUAUAUCUUUCCGGAUGAUCAGACACAGCAACCGAAUUUCAAGUUCUUGGCUAUGGCACAUGCUUGGAGUCAAAAGCAACAACAAAAACUACAAGCUUCGCAACAAGAAUCGCAAUCAAUUACAAAUUGCACAUCUUAUGUCACUGGUUUAAGUAUCCUUGCGAAAUUCAUUUCUUACUAUUAUCAAACAAUUUUCUACGAACUACCUAAAGAAAUCAUGAGUGCACCUUCCACACCACAAAAAACUCCAGUCGCGUUCGAAGUUGACAUUAAACAAAAUCCGGAUGCCGCGCCGCCAGAGCAUAUUGUUAAACGGUUUGCUGAGACUGAAGAGAAAAGCAGUCAUACCCAAGAGGAAAUAGAAGCAAAACUUCAUGCAGCCGAAGAAAGAAAGAAGCAAAAUGAAGCUGAGCGAAUCUCUAAAGCCGCAGCUGAUGUUGCUCACGUCAAAGCCGUCUCUGAACAACAGCGUCGUAUAUCUGAUGCACAUGCAGCCGAAACAUUAGAGAAAUUGCAAGCCGAGAAAAGAAGACAGCAAAAUGAGGUCGGAAAACACGAGACCGAAAAGAAAAAAUCCACGACAGAGACUGACUCAAAAGUAUCUGCUGAUGUGAUUCAAGCAAAACUCGAUGCCGCCGAAGAAAAACGAAAGCAACUAGAGAACGAACGAGUUCAAAAAGCAGCACACGAAGUAGCCCACGCGAAACAAGUUGCCGAAGAUCAACGUCUAGCAGCGGAAGCUGCAGUAAAAGGACAAGCGGAAAAGCUUCGCGAAAAACAAGAAAAAGCAGAAAAAAAACGUCAAGGAGAAAAGAAAACAGAAUAA